GCUUCUCUCAUUCGACCUCCCUGAGCAAGAUGGCGGCCGCGGUGCGGGCGAUCGGGAGCCUGACGCGCUUCACGGCUGCUGCCAAGUACUGUCCGCCCCGCCGCGCCGGCCUCCCCGCUUAGUUCCAGAUCACAAGAGGCCUGGCCCUAUGGAGCCACCUAUGGAUGCUGUUGUCCCCACCUCAAGCAGCAUGCAAUCUCCUGGUUACGCCUGCCGGAAUGUUGCCAGCUCCUCUUCUCUUCAGGCUAGAACUCACGUUAACUAUGAUGUCAAAGGAGAUGUUGCAGUUGUACGUUUCAACUCCCCAGAUUCAAAGGUCAACACUCUGUCCAAACAACUGCAAUCAGAGUUCACGGAGGUAAUGAACGAAAUCUGGGCCAAUGAGGCGGUCAAAAGUGCUGUCCUAAUAUCAGCAAAGCAAGGCUGCUUCAUUGCUGGGGCUGAUAUCAAUAUGAUCGAAUCCUGCAAGACCACUCAGGAAGUGACGCAGCUUUCUCAGGAAGGACAGAAGAUGUUUGAGAAACUUGAAAAAUCUCCAAAGCCCAUAGUUGCUGCCAUCAGUGGUUCCUGCCUGGGAGGAGGACUAGAGGUUGCCAUCUCCUGUCAAUACAGAGUAGCUACAAAGGACAAGAAGACAGUGCUGGGCACACCCGAGGUGUUACUGGGGCUACUGCCGGGUGCAGGGGGCACUCAGAGGCUACCAAAGUUGGUGGGACUUCCUGCCGCCUUUGACAUGAUGCUGACCGGGAAGAACAUCCGUGCUGACAGAGCAAAGAGGAUGGGGCUGGUUGACCAAUUGGUUGAUCCACUAGGACCAGGCACCAAAAGUCCAGAAGAACGAACCAUUGAGUACCUGGAGGAGGUAGCGAUUGGCUUUGCCAGAGGUCUAGCCAAUAAGACCGUGUCCCACAAAAGGGAAAAAGGGCUGGUCCAGAAACUGACAGACUAUGCCCUGGCUGUUCCCUUUGUGAGGCAGCAGAUCUACAAAACGGUGGAGAAAAGGGUGCAGAAGCAGACAAAAGGACUCUACCCCGCUCCCCUGAAAAUCAUUGAGGUUGUGAAGACUGGCCUGGAGCAGGGGAGUGAAGCCGGCUACCUCUCUGAAUCCCAGAAAUUCGGUGAACUUGCAAUGACUGCAGAAUCCAAGGCGUUGACGGGCCUCUACCAUGGGCAGGUGCAGUGCAAGAAGAACAAGUUUGGGGCACCAAAACAAGAGGUCAAGACCCUGGCUGUGCUGGGAGCAGGGCUGAUGGGAGCUGGGAUUGCCCAGGUGUCUGUGGAUAAGGGGCUGACGACCAUUCUGAAGGAUACGACGCUGCAGGGUCUAGGCAAGGGACAGCAGCAGGUCUUCAAAGGGCUGAAUGACAAAGUGAAGAAGAAGAACCUGACCUCUUUUGAGAGGGACACGAUUCUCAGUAAUAUGACAGGGCAGCUGGAUUACAAGGGCUUUGACAAGGCUGACAUGGUGAUCGAAGCUGUGUUUGAGGACCUCAGCAUCAAACACAAAGUGCUGAAGGAGGUGGAAGCGGUGGUCCCUCCUCACUGUAUCUUUGCCAGUAACACAUCUGCUCUCCCAAUCAGUCAAAUUGCUGCUGCUAGCAAAAGGCCGGAGAAGGUGAUCGGCAUGCACUACUUCUCCCCAGUGGACAAGAUGCAGCUGCUAGAAAUUAUCACCACGGACAAGACCUCCCAGGACACAGCUGCCUCCGCGGUAGCUGUCGGACUCAAGCAAGGCAAGAUCAUCAUUGUAGUCAAGGAUGGACCAGGUUUCUACACCACCAGAUGCCUGGGGCCAAUGCUGGCCGAAGUGGUCAGAGUUCUCCAGGAAGGCUUUGACCCCCGGAAAGUGGAUGCCCUUUCCACAGGGUUCGGCUUUCCCGUGGGUGCUGCCACUCUGAUCGACGAAGUGGGCGUGGACGUGGCUGCGCACGUGGCGGAGGAUCUCGGCAAGGCCUUUGGCCAGCGCUUUGGGGGCGGGAACGUGGAGCUGCUCAAGCGCAUGGUAGAGAAGGGCUUUUUAGGCCGCAAGGCAGGGAAGGGUUUCUACGUGUACCAGCAAGGCGUGAAGAACAGGAGCGUGAACUCCAGCAUGGAUGAGAUCUUGGCACAGUUCAAGGUGCCCUCCAGGCCCGAGGUCUGCACCGACGAGGACAUCCAGCUGCGCUUGGUGACGCGGUUUGUGAACGAGGCGGCCAUGUGCCUGCAGGAAGGGAUCCUGAGUAACCCGGUGGAAGGAGACAUGGGGGCUGUGUUCGGCCUGGGCUUCCCGCCGUGUCUGGGAGGCCCUUUCAGAUACGCAGACUCGGUCGGAGCCAAGCAGCUGGUGGACAAGCUGCAGAAGUACGAGGCCGUCUACGGAAACCAGUUCACGCCGUGCCAGCUGCUUCUGGAUCACGCCAACGACGCGAGCAAGAAAUUCCACCACUGAGCGUGUCUAGUGCCUCCAGCCAUAGAUGCCCUCGCAGCCAGAGCCCGGGGAGAGCCUGCUCCAGCCACACUGCUCCAUUCCCUCCGUUUCUCUCAAAGCCGCGGGGCUGGGGGGCAGUGAACUCCGGAGCUUUGUAGCCCUUUAAGUGCCUUAGCGGCUAUUGGGUCUCAGGCGCUCGCUCUCCCACUCGUCCCUGGCUGGUUGGAUGUUGCGCCUCCUGUUUGAAGCUGGAAGAGGGGUUUUGUGUUGUCUCCACCAGUGCGCCGUGCCCUCCAGAGCCUCCGUCCAGCAGGCGUUAGCCGCCUGGCCAUGCCCAGCGCAGCUGCUCCCUGCCACGGUUCAUGUUUAACAAUAAACCACUGAUCUCUUGUU